AUGCCCGCCGCUACUCCAAAUGGUCGCUCACGCGGAGCCAAGAAUUCACCCAACUCCUUGAUGGUGGUUCUCAAGCUAUCUGGGGAUGCCCUCCAGCAGUUCGCCAGUCCCAGCAAGAGCCAAAAUAAUACUCCCAACAUUAAAUCCAACGACAACUCUUCACCAGCCUCCUCCGCCGAGCUCCCUACUGUCCGCCCAUCUUCUGCCGAUAAUGGCUCCGACGCCGACGCCAAUUCUACGCCCGCCACAGGGGCGACUGCAGGCGAUGCACAACGUCGGAAGGGAGUUCCGGGUCCUAAGCCAGGAAACAAAAGAACAAAAGACCAAACCGACCCUACCGCAAAGUCACGGGGACGCCCUGGCCCCAAGAAGAAACCCAGACUUGACGAAGGCGAAGCCACAAAGAUUCCAGCUGCACAGCGUCUGGGACCAAAAGCCAAUACGGGAGCCAUCAACGCCGGUCUGCGCGCGCUAGAUCGCACCGGAGCCGCGUGUCGCAAAUGGGAGCGCAAGCCCCUACAGCUCCGCAGCUUCACCGGCAUUUUGUGGCAACUUCCAUCCUGGCGCACACCGGGUAUGCCCAAGUCCGGUGACGCGGUUAAUGGCAAGGUUGCAGCGCUGGAAAGUGGCGACAGCGACACAAAGACCACGCUUCAUGCCCCCGGCACCGACACGGCCAAUGGCAGCAGUGCUGUGCCUAGUGAGAAGAGCAACUCUGGGGAUGGCGAUGUCACCCCUACUUCUCAUCUAGUCGAGCCCUCCUCGCCAGCCAUUGCUAUGACAGCUUGA